UGCAAGAGUGAUAAUGAUUAAGGAUUUAAAGAAAGCAGCUAAGUUGUACUGAACAUCACAAAAAUAACUUCUUUGAACUUCCUUCUUUGAAGUACUAAAAUGUAAAACUCUUCUUCUUCUUUCAGUCAAGAAGAGUAAAAUCUGUUCCCACAUUUAUCAUAAAUGGAGGUUUUUAAGAUCCUGGUGGGGCUUCAGGCUCUUGUUUUCUGCCAAGCUAAACUGUACAUAAACCAGGCCUCCACACCGUGCUCCUGGGCUAUAACCUCUGCAGGAGAAAAUCAGAGUUUGGAUGUGGCUAUUUUCACUAAGCAAUCCCUUUUACCACUUGCUACUCGGAUCUGUCAGGGCCUCGGCUGUGGUAAAGUCUACAAGCUAAAUGAGAACACUGCACAUGGAAAUGCGAGCUGUCUCACAGGCUGCAGCUACCACAACAACCAACUGAUCAACUGCACAAAGGUUCAUAGCAUCGACUGCAGCAUUCUCUCUGGGGCUGUUUGUGAUGCUACCUAUAUAACCCCAACAAAUAACCAUUGUGUCUGGAAAAUAACAUCUCCAGCACCUGAAUCCGCAGUCAUUUUGACCCAGGAGUCCCUGCUCAGACUGUCCAAUGAAAUAUGUCAGAACUUCAACUGUGGAGAAGCGUUUCCACAGAAUAACACAAAUGCACCAGACAACAGUUCCUGUCUCACUGAUUGCAUCUAUCACAACUCCUAUUUAAGGAACUGUUCCACUGUGGUCAGAAAUGACUGCACAAAUAUGUCUAAAGUCAUCUGUGGUAACCAUAAAGUCAGAUUGUCUGGAGGUAGCCAUAAAUGUGCUGGACGGGUGGAGCUGUGGAACGCUGGACAGUGGGGAACAGUGUGUGAUGAUAAAUGGGAUAAGCAGGAUGCAGAUGUGGUCUGUGCUCAGCUGAACUGUGGAUAUGCAAUCUCUGUUAAUGGGCAGGAUGGCCCCUAUACACAGGGUAUAGGUCCUAUUUUCAUGGAUGAGCUGAACUGCACAGGGAAGGAGAGGAGCCUGUGGGAGUGUCCUGCAGUCAGGGAAGGUCAUGACUGUGGACAUAAGGAAGAUGCUGGAGUGGUGUGUUCAGAAUAUAAGGCUCUGAGACUCACUGGUGGACUGGACCGUUGCUCAGGCAGAGUGGAAAUCCAUCGGAACGGUUCAUGGGGUACAGUGUGUGAUGAAUGCUGGGAUAAGCAAGAGGCAUCCAUGGCUUGUUCCAUGUUGGGCUGUGGGACAGCAAAAAAAUUCGAAGCCUUUGAGAUACCUUUUUCCCAUACAAAUGGAUCACUGUGGUAUUACUUUUGUAACCGUGGCUAUAAAAACCUUUGGGAGUGUAUGGAGAUAGAAACAAGUAAAGUCUCACAUUUACAACAGACCUGCAAAUACUCAAAUGCUGCAGGAGUGAUUUGUAAUAACUCUCUUGGACUGCUUGUAUCAACCACUCCAGAUGUAGCUACCUUGGUAACCAUGGUAACAAUGCAAAUCACAACAAAUAAUCCUGCGGUGCUCUGGACUCCCGAAUUACUGGGUUGCAUCAUAUUAUCCUGCAUUCUUCUGAUUGCACUUCUCUUAAGUAUCAUCAUGUGUUGCUAUGUAAAAAAGAAAAGAAAGGUGGACUUGUUCCCUCUUGUAUAUGCGCAGCCAGAAAGUUUGAGGAUGGAUGAUAUUGGAGUCUUAAAAGUGCAAUAAGAAGAAUCAUCAGUAAUGGAAAAACCACAGUGCUAAUUUAUAUCAAAUACUGAUAUUUGUUUUUAAAUUAGUUAAAAAUGUACAGUAUAAGAA